CCUCCCCUACCUCCCCCUCCGCCCGCCCGCCUGCACCCACUCCCAUGGACGCAACGCAAUACAACACACCGUGGCCGACCUUCACUUCAUCCCACUUUCAACUUCUCACCCCUCCCGGAGGGGGAAAAAAAAAAUCAAGUCUCCAAUUCCACCUCCGAAAAACCACAACAUCGCACCGCAACCGCCGCCGCUUCCUCUCACGCAAACCACCUCGCACCACACCGCAAACUCUCUCACUCUCACAUACGCACACCCACCCGCGCCAGGCCUCACGACAUCUGCCGCUCAAUUUCUCGCAUCGACCAAUCCUUCGACGACGCUACGAUAUCUCGUCCUGUUUUGACGCCAAUCAAGGAUUCAGGCCUCUGCCUCGACUAGGCCUUCACCGUCACACGAGUGCAGCGGACAACCAGCAACCAUGUCCGGCUCCGAGGGCGCACAUGCAAACACCGGCGGCUUCGACCUGCUGAAGCGGGCGACACAAGCCAUGAUGAUGUCAGGUUCUAGGACCCCCGCGGCCGCAGCUGACGAAGAUGGCGCGGAUCAGAUCGGCUUUGAUACGCCCCGCUCUGGUGUGGCAACCCCUCAACCCGACCUCCAUGACAAACGCCUGCCGGGCAUUAUGAGCUACUUCGGCCAGAGCGGGCCACCGACCCCCACCAGGGCGCUCUCGGCCGCGCAACCGUCUCAGUCUGAGGAGCGGUCGAGCUCCAAGAGAAGCAGCAAUGAGACUGUGCCUCCCAGUGGCACCCAGACGCCGAGGAGCGGAACUACCGGUGCCCAGGUCCCUGCCGCCCGAGGCAAGCUCACGAUCAAGAUUGUCGAGGCUAAGGGCCUGAGACGGGCCAAGGAUCCCUAUGUCGUCGCUGUCUUCCAGAGGAGCGAGCUUAUCUCGGGAGGUCCACGCUCUGUCGAGGAAGAGGAGGACGUAAACCUGCCGCCGCCGUCCUUUGGAGGCAUUCCGAUCCAGAGGCAAGGGAGCGACUCAGGCCGAACGGCCAUGUCCAUCCCAAUGCGCAGCCGUCAAAGUAGCAACACCAGCAUCUCGGACUAUAACACAUUCCGCAACCGGUCACGGCGGUCCUUCACCAGCCCGAAGUGGGACGCCGAGGCAGAGUUCGAUGUUGUCGAUUCGAAUAUGCUGGUCAACAUUUCCGUCUACGAUCACAGCGCGAACGGCGAGGAGUUUCUGGGCCAUGUCGACUUGCAAGCGAACAGGGACUCAAACAAUCCAGUCCGUGGCUGGUUCUCCCUUAAGGGCCAUGCCGACACCGUGGCAGAGAACGCCCCCACGGGAGAGAUAUACGUCGAAGCCGUCUUUCAGCGCACCGAACGGAAACACUUUGGCCCCGAAGACUUUCAGAUUCUUAAGCUGAUUGGCAAGGGUACUUUUGGCCAGGUCUACCAAGUUCGCAAGAAGGACACCGAACGCAUUUACGCCAUGAAAGUCCUAUCCAAGAAGGUCAUCGUCCAGAAGAAGGAAGUCGCCCACACCGUCGGUGAGCGUAACAUCCUGGUCCGAACAGCAAUGUCAGACUCGCCCUUUAUCGUGGGUCUCAAGUUCUCCUUCCAGACGCCCUCGGAUCUGUACCUGGUUACCGACUACAUGUCUGGUGGAGAGUUGUUCUGGCAUCUGCAGAAGGAAGGUCGGUUCGACGAGCGAAGGGCCAAGUUCUAUAUCGCAGAGCUUAUCUUGGCCAUCCAACACCUCCACAAUAAUGACAUUGUGUAUCGCGACCUGAAGCCCGAGAACAUUUUGCUGGACGCCAACGGCCACAUUGCUCUCUGUGACUUUGGUCUGUCCAAGGCCAACCUCACCAAAAACGACACAACCAAUACCUUCUGCGGAACCACCGAGUAUCUCGCCCCUGAAGUUCUCCUCGACGAGUCAGGAUACACCAAGAUGGUGGAUUUCUGGUCACUGGGAGUUCUCGUUUUUGAGAUGUGCUGCGGCUGGAGCCCCUUCUACGCGGAAGACACCCAGCAAAUGUACAAGAACAUCGCCUUUGGCAAGGUCCGGUUUCCUCGGGAUACCUUGUCUCAGGAGGGCCGCAACUUUGUCAAGGGUCUGCUCAACAGAAACCCCAAGCACAGACUGGGUGCAACCGACGAUGCAGAGGAGCUGAAGCGUCAUCCCUUCUUUGCUGACAUUGACUGGGAUCUUCUUGCAAAGAAGCUCAUUACUCCUCCUUUCAAGCCGAAGUUGACGUCAGCGACAGACGUGUCCUACUUUGACCCUGAAUUCACCAACGCAUUGGACAACAAUGGCUCUCUCAACGAGCGCGCAGCAGCCUUGUCCAAGGGUUUCGCCACAUCAACGCCCCUUUCGCCUUCUGUGCAGGCCAACUUCCAAGGCUUCACCUUUGUGGAUGAGAGCGCCCUUGACGACCAUAUGCGAGAUAAGAGCCGCUAUGACGAUGAGGAGAUGCGUGAUUCUCACCAUCAAGACGACGACUGGGAUGACCUUGAGGAUGUAAACCACAAGAGCAACCGCAUGAGUGGCAUUGUGCGCACAACCACCAACGACGAGCAGAUGAUUGGUGGUGGACAUUUUGACGUCUGACGAGCACAUUCUGGUUCUUUCUUGGUCAUCUUUUUUUUGGUUCUACCUUGGGAACAUGAGUGGUUCAUCAGCCUCCCCCUUUCCCCCUGCCUUCCAUAAGAAGAACCACGGCCACCAUCACGAAGUCAAAAACGAACAUUCAUGGAUUCAGUGCAUAGGGGCGGUCAACUUUGCAUGUGAUCAUUAGGGGUGUAAUAGGUACAUGGCGUUUGGGCUGAGAGCGAUGAACAUUCGGAUCCUGGAUCGGCCUUCAGAAUGCUGCUUUUAGCUGAUCGAAGCACUUACAGUCACACAUACACAACGUGCCACAUGACAAGACUCUUGAAUCUCUGUGGAACCUUCAACGCAUUGGUGAUACCAGUGUUGCGGUUGGCUUCACUUUCAUGACGUCUUGGUCCAUGCAUGCAUGAUUCUACAGACUAUUGUGGGAUGUCGCAUUCUGGCCACUGGAGUGAGGAGGUGACUUCAGGGAACCUACUGACACAUCCAAUAUGGAUUUGUUGGAGAAGGAAUGGCUUUACACCUCUGUUGGUAGUAUCGACAUCUGACGUGGGCUUUUUUCCCCACAAAACGUAUCUGCAGCUCCUAUGUUGCAGCCACACAACUUCAGUAAGGGAGGAGCGGGUGGUGCAUCGGCUGGCUGGUGAGCUUUGGUGUGGAAUACUACACAUCCAAGCCGUUCGUAUGGCAGCUAAUUUUGAAGGAGAGAAUGGCAAACGGCUUGUGAGGAAGCCACCUGUAAUAACGCUUAAUCAGAUAGCCAUGAGACGAAUCAGUCUUUUCUUCUUCAUUCCGUGUGCCAUACUGCUGACGUCUGCCUCUGUGUAGGGAAAGAGACCUAGAGAGUUAUGUUGUCCUGAUGCAUCUUCUUAAUUCUUCAUGGUUUCUUACAUCCCUCGGGCCACGUAAAACGUCGACAACGGCUACGACG